CAGGCACCCAGAGGGGGAAAUACAGGGCUCGGGACCGCCAGGCAGGCGAGGGCUUCUGCAGACAGCACCAAAGCAGCUGAGCGGGCGGUCGGGGGAGUUGACCAAGUCCAGCGCCAUGGGUUUGCUCGAGUGCUGUGCUAGAUGUCUCAUCGGGGCACCCUUUGCCUCGCUGGUUGCCACUGGCUUGUGCUUCUUUGGGGUAGCGCUGUUUUGUGGCUGUGGGCACGAAGCCCUCACAGGCACCGAGCAGCUAAUUGAGACCUACUUCUCCAAAAACUACCAGGACUACGAGUAUCUCAUUGACGUCAUCCACGCUUUUCAGUACGCCAUCUAUGGCACGGCCUCCUUCUUCUUCCUCUACGGAGCCCUGCUGCUGGCCGAAGGCUUCUAUACCACCGGCGCCGUCCGGCAAAUCUUCGGGGACUACAGGACCACCAUCUGCGGCAAGGGCCUCAGCGCAACGUUUGUGGGCAUUACCUACGUCCUGACCAUCAUCUGGCUCCUGGUUUUCGCCUGCUCUGCGGUGCCUGUCUACAUCUACUUUAACACUUGGACCACCUGCCAGUCCAUUGCCAACCCCAGCAAGACCUCAGCCAGCAUCGGCACCCUGUGUGCGGAUGCCAGGAUGUACGGCGUCCUGCCCUGGAACGCUUUCCCCGGCAAGGUGUGUGGCUCCAACCUGCUCUCCAUCUGCAAGACCAGUGAGUUCCAGAUGACUUUCCACCUCUUCAUUGCGGCCUUUGUGGGGGCAGCCGCCACGCUGGUCUCACUGCUCACCUUCAUGAUCGCCGCCACCUACAACUUCGCCGUCCUCAAGCUGAUGGGCCGAGGCACCAAGUUCUAGCCUGCUCGGCAGAGCCCAGCCAGACCAAACGCCCUUCUUUUCUCUAACCCCGAGGCUUUAACACUGCAGCCACCUGACACCAGGUCUCCUGCGUUAACUCUGCCUUCGCUGCUGACUCCCCUCCUCUUCCUCCCUCGCAUCCAUCGUGCUGAGCAUGACCAGGAAGGAGAGCUUCCCAUCAAUGGACACCUCUUUAUGCACUUUUCUCUCUGCUCAUCCAUAACCGGUUCUCUCUAGGGCCAAGCCCAUCAAAACCAGCCAGAGAAAAGGAGGGACUUAAUCCAGUGUCCCGAUGUUGCCUAGGGAUGAGCAAAGGCCUUCAUGCUCCUGGGAGGAGGAAAUUUGUGUAGGUUGGUCCAUGAGUAGCAAGAGGCUACCUAGAGAGAAAAGGAAGUUGGCCCAGUGCUGGUACCAUUGCUAGAGACUCUCCUGGAGCUGUCUGCUGUCACCACCCGUGGAUGGAGCAUAAGAGAAGGAUUUUUUUUUCCCUUAGCCAAAGCAAGAUGAAUUUACUCCAGAUUGCCUGCUGCAGCCACGGCAAAGGGAGUUCAGGGCAAGGAUCUUCCCAUUGCAGAGAAGAGAGUGCUGACCCCGAUGCUGAUAAAGCCC